AUAAUAUGUAUAAAAAUGUGGCUUUUAUGUGUAUAAUAAUUUUCUCAUGGUAGGCACGGCAAUGAGCUUCUGCAUUUAAUUUACUUUGAAUCUUCUGAUGAGGAAGUGGGAUAAGCUUGGGAAUAGAUUGAGCAGCUGAUCAGAAAGGAAACUGCAUAUCUGCAAACAUGAAUAUUGAGAUGAGUAGUUCUGCAAGGUCGGGGACUGGGAAUUGUGUUAAAGAAGGCUUAAAGAAGGUUUACGAGAAGAUAGACACCCCUGAAUACUGGAGGAAGUCCUUUCUGUUAGUUUGUGUGGUUGCUUUGGCUAUUGAUCCUUUGUUUCUCUUUAUUCCUGAAAUUGAUUAUCUAAAGUUAUGCAUCGGUUACGACGAAACGCUUAGAACAAUAGUUUGUGUCCUUCGUAUCUUGAUUGACGUACUCUAUGUAAUUUACAUCAUUGGUUCUGAAACAUUUUUGAGAGACAAGAUGAGCGGAAGAAAAAGACUCUUCUACGUUAUGGUUGACACUGUUUCUCUUCUCCCCAUUCCUGUGGUAAUGGUUCUCCUCCUCCGUACUGAAUGGUCUAACAAUCUGGUGUUGAAGAGAAUACUCAAGUGGACCAUAGUUGGUCAGUAUAUACCAAGAAUCAUUCGCAUCUAUCCGGUUUACAAAGCAGUGACAAAAACCACUGUUACAAUAGCAGAAUCAAAGUGGAUUGGAGCUCUUUUAAACCUUUUGCUCUUCCUGUUGUGCAGUUAUGUGUUUGGGGCUUUCUGGUACGUAACUGCAAUAGAAAAGCUAACCAUAUGCUGGUAUGACUUUUGGAAAAGUAAAAUUAUGCAUGAGUUUGGGAACGAGGCUAGGCGUGGUGACCCUUGGCCGAGACAAGACAAUAUCACGAAGCUGUUUUGUGCACAUAAUUUAGUAGUUGGUAUAAACAACAGUAUUUUCUUGCUAAAUUCAUGCCCAAUAACCGACCCUGAGAAAUUAAAAAAACCAUCCAAAAAAUUGGCCGGGUUAAUAGAAAAACUAGAAUACGACUUCGGUAUGUACGGUGAGGUAGUGAAGUCUGAGGUGGGGAGUAGUAAUCUAAGGGAUUUUUCAAAGAAGUUCUUAUACUGCUUUUGGUGGGGUCUCCGAAAUCUUAGUACGUUUGCCCAAAGCCUGAAGACAGGCAACUCUGCAUCAGAUAUCCUUUUUGCUAUCAUCAUCUGCGCCUCUGGUUUAUUCCUGUUUGCUGUACUCAUUGGAAACGUUCAGAAAUACUUGCUAUCAAGUACCGUCAGAGCAGACGAAAUGGAGGAGAGAAAGAAAGACAUAGAAAAAUGGAUGACCUUUAGGAACCUACCAGAAGAGCUCAAGAAACGCAUUAAGGAAAACGAGAAAACCAUAUGGAAACAUUUCAGGGGCACGGAUGAAGAAGAACUUCUUCGUCGCUUCCCAGAAGACCUCAGACGCGAAAUCCAACCCUUUCUUGAUGAGCAUAGUGCAUAAUUCGUUAUACCGGAUGACAUUAAAUCCGUUGUACCGGAUGGCAUCAAACCGGACCAGAAUUCUAAUGGAACAAUGUGUCUUCUUGAUGUUUAGGGACUUAUCUUCCCACUUCCCUUGUAAUUUAUGAAUCUUUUUUUUCUUUCCAUCUAUUGUCUUUGUGUCAUUCUAUC